ACACACCGCUUUCCCGCUAUUACAACCACCUGGGGGCCUGCUGCUCGUACAUACGCAAACUAGCCGCAAGGAAAGGGGUAUAGGGGUCACAUAUAGGGGGUGAGAGGGUGAAAUAGGGGGCAGGAGAGGGCUAAAAGGGGGGGUAAGGCGGCCAUAGGGAACCGAAGCUUCUCUGAUCGGGACCGAAGCUAAGAGUGGCUCACCAAAACAAACAAGCUGCCUUUCUGCCCUCACCACCCCUUAUUUACCACACUUUCCAGGGUGUUUUGACCCCUCCCCGCCCCCCCGCGUGUCCCUCAGGGUUGCUAAGGCCCCCACCCACCCCCAGGCGGCCCCAGGGGGAGGCUAAAUAAGGAAAGAAGGGAAAUAUUGACAUUACAAGACAGCGGUGUUCAAACUGAGGCCCCAGCAGGUCCCACAGCAGCAGCAGCAGCAGCAGCAGGAGGAGGCACAGUCCCACACGACCCUGACAUGAGCCAGGGACGGUGUGUACCAGAGCCUCAUAGCAGCAGCAGCAGCAGCAGCCGGCGGUGUGCAGUAGCGGCGGCAGUGUAGUGUGUGUAGUAUGCCCCAGGGCAGUGGUGUGCUAAGCCGCCCCGCCCCGCGCCGGUCCCAGGCCUGACGCGCCCACCUAUGCCACUUGGCCCCGCAGCACCUCAUCCCUGAACCACGGGGGGCGCACACCACACCCUAGCCUAUCCCCCCCAGCCACCCGAGCCCCCCCCCCCAGCCAUGGACCGCUACCCGAGCUGCCAAGAGAAGUACUACGAGUACGAGGAGUGGAACAAAGUGUUCAACCGUGACAAGGACGUGAACUACGUGAAGGAGGAGGAACCCAACAUGCCGCCGCGGGGCAAGAAGCUAUUCGAGUGCCCAGAGUGCUCCAAGUGGUUCUCCAGCAAGGGCAACCUGCAGCGGCACUGGAUCACGCACACCGGCGAGAAGCGCUUUGAGUGCGAGGAGUGCAGCAAGCCCUUCGCCCAGAAGGGACACCUCAAGGCGCACAAACUCAUGCACACCGGCGAGAAGAACUUUGAGUGCGACGUGUGCGGCAACCGCUUCAUCAGCAAGGGCAACAUGCAGCGGCACAAGCUGACCCACACCGGCGAGAAGCGCUUCGCCUGCGAGGAGUGCGGCAAGCUGUUCCUGCAGAAGGGCCACCUCAAGACGCACAAGCUGAUGCACUCCGGCGAGAAGCGCUUUGAGUGCGACGAGUGCCGGAAGCGUUUCAGCAGCAAGGGCAACCUGCAGCGCCACCGCUUCACACACACCGGAGAGAAGCGCUUCAAGUGUGAGGAGUGCGGCAAGAUGCUCACCCAGAAGAGCCACCUCAAGUCACACAAGCUCAUCCACACCGGAGAGAAGACUAACGAGUGUAAUGAGUGCGGGGAGUACUUCAUCAGGAAAGCUGACCUCAAGUCCCACAAAAUAUCACACGCUGCCCCCAGAACCUUCCAGCGGUGGUGAUGGUGGUGGCCUUCCCCAGCGUUGGUGCCGGUGGUGGUGGUGGUGGUCACAUCAUACCACCAAACCUGUGCCCUCCUCCUCCUCCUCCUCCUCCUCCUCCUUCUUCCUUAGUUUUGGUGACAGCUUUCAAAAUAGUGGUGGUGGUGGUGACCGCUCAACACCAGCAGGCACCAGCAGGCCCCAUUCAGCCAAGCCUCCGGUGAUUCAAGCUUUCAACACCAAUACUCCAAAAAUCAAAGCUUAAUUCAUGACUGGUUAAGCUUGUUGACUUUGGAAACCGGGAAAGUUCUCGCAAGAUCGCCACAGCUUGACUUGACACUGGAAUGUUAAGUGGUGAAGCUUGGUGAAUGUAAAAGCUUGAUAAAUUGAAGCUUGGUGAGUGUUCAAGCUUCCUACCUCGGUCUGUGUCCAAAAAAUGCUUGACUCCAGAUCACCACAGCUUAAAAUGACACUUUGGGAUGUUGACAAGUGGUGAAGCUUGAUAAAUUGAAGCUUGGUGAGUGUUCAAGCUUGUUAAAUUGAAGCUUGGUGAGUGUACAAGCUUCCUACCUCGGUCUGUGUCCAAAAAAGCUUGACUCCAGAUCACCACAGCUUGAAAUGACACUUUGGGAUGUUGACAAGUGGUGAAGCUUGAUAAAUUGAAGCUUGGUGAGUGUUCAAGCGUCCUACCUUGGUCUGUGUCCAAAGAAAGCUUGACGGAGGACUACCACAGCUUGAUUCAAGAUGACCACAGCUUGAAUUGACAUUUUAGAGGGAUAGAUUCAAGCUUUGAGUGGAGAAGGUUGUGUGUUUGUGGAAAAAGCUUGAUUGAAGACCACCAUAGCUUGAGUAGUGUGUGUUUGAAGGUCAGCGCGGCAGCUUGGCCUGGCGGAUGUGUGGAUCUACCUCAGCGUCAUCACCACAACCACCGCCACCACCACCACCACCACCACCACAGAGAGAGAGAGUGUGAUAGUCAGACCACCACCACCACUAGUAGUAGAGAUACAGGUAGUCACUCAAGCUGUCACCUCCUCCUCCUCCUCCUCUUCCUCCUCCUCCUCCUCCUCCUCCUCCUGCCCUCCUCCUGCCCCCACCCACGUUGGUACCACACACUUCCACAGACUGGCGCGGCUCACCCUGGAUGGUUUGACAGUCACCGCCUGGCGCCGACCUCCCAGCCCUCAGACUCCACCCCCGGAUGGUUUGACUCCUCCCGGCUGGUGCCCCUCCCAGCCGGCGUGGUGCCCGGCUGGCUGGGCUCCUCCCUGGCCCCGCCCCUCCCCUCGGGGCCGGAGCGCAGAUUGCAGGCGUAAGGGUAGUGUCUGCGGCAGCGUCCCCCGGCCCAAACGGCCCACCCGGCCCGCCCAAGCGUGACGCUGCCGCACACGGUCAGCCUUCUUCCCUCCCGCCCUCCCGCCCGGCCCGGCCUGGCCCCGUGGUGCGGCCGGGGGCGGCUCCCCCCGGCCCUGCCACUGCUGCGGCGCGCUGGGCCGGCCGGUGCUGCAGGGAGGCCAACGGACUAUGAUGUAGCUUACCGUUACUUAAAGGUAGUAGUACUAAACCACAAACCACUCUCUCUCUCUCUCUCUCUCUCUCUCUCUCUCUCUCUCUCUCUCUCUCUCUCUCUCUUUCUAUCUUAGCAGUUAUUAUUAUAUUUUUUUUUGGUGGCUUGAGUUGUGGUGUGCCCGUGUGGCCCUGCGUGGCCCGGUGUGGCCCUGCGUGGCCCUGCGUGGCCCUGUGUGGCCCUGCGUGGCCCUGGGUGGGUGCCAGCGUCGUCGCACCACACAAGAUAGGACAAAUAUGUAUAAAAGGAUUGUGUGUACAUCUUUAAAGUGCUUGUAUACAUCCCAAUAUGUGCUCUCUCUCUCUCUCUCUCUCUCUCUCUCUCUCUCUCUCUCUCUCUCUCUCUCUCUCUCUCUCUCUCUCUCUCUCUCUCUCAGUUGUAGAUCUAGAUAAUGUUCGUAGGUGGGGACAGAAUGUUGUAUGAAGUGUGUGUCAGAUUUAGCUUUUAAUAGUACCCAGUCUCUCUCUCUCUCUCUCUCUCUCUCUCUCUCUCUCUCUCUCUCUCUCUCUCUCUCUCUCUCUCUCUCUCUCUCUCUCUCUCUCUCUCUCUCUCUCAA